UCGAGCAGAUAGUGGCCGUGUACCAUUCUGCCUCCAAACAAAAGGCUUGGGACCAUUUCACGAAAGCUCAGCGUAAGAACAUCAGCGUGUGGUGCAAACAAGCAGAGGAAAUUCGUAACAUUCAUAACGAUGAACUGAUGGGUAUUCGAAGAGAGGAGGAAAUGGAAAUGUCUGAUGAAGAAAUAGAAGAUCCAUCAGAGAUGAAAGAAACAGAAGAAUCAGCGCUGGUGUCGCAGGUGGAAGCCCUGAAGGAGGAGAACGACAGCCUGCGCUGGCAGCUGGACGCCUACCGGAACGAGGUGGAGCUGCUAAAGCAGGAGCAAGGCAAAGCCAGCAGGGACGAAGACACGACCAAGGAGCAGCAGAUGAAGCUCCUCCAGCAGGCUCUGCAGGGCAUGCAGAAGCAUCUCCUGAAAGUACAAGAUGAAUACAAAAAGAGAGAAGCUGAGUUAGAAAAAGUGAGAGAAGACAAACUGAAAAUAGAAGCGUUACUAGAAAACCUGAAGGAGCAGGAGAGCAGCGCGUCCAGAGCCUGUGCGUGCAGCCAGGAGAAGGACUGUCCGGUCGAAAAGGCGCUGAGCACGAGUCCUGUGAAGUCUGAACGGGAGGUUCUGUUAGUUGGGAUAAUUUCAACGUUUCUUCACGUGCACCCGUUCGGGGCGAGCAUCGAGUACAUCUGCUCCUACCUGCAGCGGCUGGACAGCAAG